AUGUCACCGCUCUCUCCCUCCGUAACGGCUCUCCUGGUCUCUGUUUGCCUCGCUCUGUGCGCUUGUGGUCAGACUCCGUGGCCUCUGGGGGAGGUGGCAGAUCAGAGGCAGCUGUUGGAGGCGUUGAAGGCAGGCAUUCUGAGCUCUCUGGGGAUGGAGCAGCCCCCGGUCGUGGAGGAGAAGGCCUCGGACCAAGAGUUAUGGGAGAUGCAGAGACUUUACAGAGAGAAACAAGGUGAAUUUGGUCUGAAUUCGAGUGGAGAUGACGGGAUGUCCACGCUGCUCCUGCCACACAGAGUUCACACGCUUCAUUCCCGACAGCGCGGAGAGCUAAGAAGGAGGAAGCACAACCAUUGGCACAGGGCAGAGUUCAGGGACAGACCCAGGAUCCAGGAGGAAGUCUCUCUGCUCCGCGCCCAGCUCUACAUGUCCAGACAAAUCCUGGCACGACCGAACGCAAAGGUCAAACUCCGCAUCCGAGGCUCAAAGUCCAGCAGAGAGGCCGCCUGGACCAACGACGCCACCAACAUGUCUCAGAGCGUGGUCCUGGACGUGAGCUCCGAGGUGCAGGACUGGAUCAGAAACGGCGGACGAAAACCCUUUGUUGUGGACGUAGGACACAAAGGACCCGAUUAUAAUGUCACCGUGUCUUUAAAAUUGACGCACGGGCGCAAAACCACCAGAACUACUCGCUCCGUCAAGGAAGAAGAAGACUGUGACGGGCGAGAUCUGUGUUGUCGCCAAUCCAUGACGGUGUCCUUCAAAGACAUCGGUUGGACGGACUGGGUGGUGGCGCCGUUAGAAUACACCAUGCAUUUCUGCCGGGGUUCGUGUCCGCAGAACUACAGACCGGCUAGCAUGCACACGCAGGUCAAGUCCAGACUGGCCCCGAUCUCCAAAGGGGGGAUCCCGCGGCCGUGUUGUGUCCCGGCCGCCUACCAGCCCAUGGUGCUGAUGCAUUACGACAGCGGCGGCAGGCUAACGCUAACGCCGUUCGAAGAUCUGAUAGUCACUAAAUGCUACUGUGCGUGA